CUCAAGUGUUGGCUACAAACAAACUGGAUCUGCAGACCUGAAACCUUGAAGGAUACCUCUUACCUGUGAUGGGCCUCGUAUUCAUCUAGGAAGAACUGGAUAUUGCUUGGGACACCCUGGGCUUAGUGAAAUAUAGCCCCGUGGGUUGCCUGGACCUUUUAACAAACAAUUAAUUUCUCAUUCCUGACUUCUACAAACAGCUGGGAUCCAGUCCCUAAGCGCUGAAUUACCAUCCAUUUAAUUGACUGAAUAUUCUUUAACAAGGCCUCCUCUCCUCUCCAUUCCCUUGUAAAGGAGUGCAACUCCCGGUAGCGUUUAUCAUCAUUAACAGAGACUUUUUUAUGUACUGUGGGAUUUCUGAAUAUAUUUCAUUUGUUUUGCUUGCUCUCCUGCCCCCCACUUCUCUGGUGGAGUUUAUCUUGACUAGUUAUCGCACACACGGAGCACUCUGAUGGCUUCAUAAAUCAGAGGAGCAGCUGCCCUUAUUCAUGAUGGGGCGAGAGCAGGAGCUGAUCCAAGCUGUGAAAAAUGGGGAUGUACCUGGUGUGCAGAAAUUGGUGGCAAAGGUCAAGGCAUCCAAAAGCAAACUCUUGGGAUCAACUAAACGGCUGAACGUGAACUACCAAGAUGUGGAUGGGUUUUCAGCACUACAUCAUGCAGCCCUGGUUGGAAGCCUGGAACUUAUCUCGCUGCUGCUGGAGGCACAGGCCACUGUGGAUAUUAAGGACAUUAACGGAAUGCGCCCACUGCACUACGCUGCCUGGCAAGGGAAGGUGGAGCCAGCACGCCUGCUGCUACGAGCAGCUGCUUCGGUCAAUAUGGCAUCGCUGGAUGGGCAGAUCCCAUUGCACCUUUCGGCGCAAUAUGGCCACUAUGAGGUGUCAGAGAUGCUGCUCCAGCACCAGUCCAACCCAUGCCUCAUCAACAAAGCUAAGAAAACCCCCCUGGACCUGGCCUGCGAGUUUGGAAGACUAAAGGUGGCCCAGCUGCUUUUGAACAGCCACAUGUGUGUGGCUCUGCUUGAGGGACAAUCCAAAGACACAAGUGACCCUAACUACACCACUCCUCUUCACUUGGCAGCCAAGAACGGGCAUAAAGAGAUAAUCAGGCAACUUCUGAAAGCUGGAAUCGAGAUCAACAAACAGACGAAGACGGGGACUGCCUUGCAUGAAGCAGCGUUGUAUGGGAAGACCGAGGUGGUGCGCCUGCUGCUGCAAGUGAGACUAAAAGGUGGCAUUGAUGUCAACAUCCGCAACACCUACAACCAGACAGCUCUGGACAUCGUGAACCAGUUCACCACUUCACACGCCAGCAAGGACAUCAAGCAACUACUACGAGAGGCAUCAGGAAUCCUGAAGGUCCGAGCUUUGAAGGAUUUUUGGAACCUCCAUGACCCAACUGCUCUCAAUGUCCGUGCCGGAGAUAUCAUCACGGUUCUGGAGCAGCAUGCAGACGGACGCUGGAAGGGUCAUAUCCAUGACUCUCAGAAAGGCACUGACCGAGUUGGUUACUUCCCUCCAUCCAUUGUCGAAGUCAUCAGCAAGCGGACAGCAGGUGACAGGAACAGCGUUGGCAGCGAGGGCAGCAUUGGCAGCAUCCGGAGCGCUGGCAGUGGUCAGAGUACUGAGGGCACCAAUGGGCAAAUCACUGGACUCAUCAUUGAGAAUGUCAAGCCACUUUCACCGACUGGUGAGGAUCUUCAGCAUUCUCACAAUGGCCAGAUGAAUUCUGUGAUAGGGACACUGGGGCACCAGAACCUCUCCAACUGCAACACCAACGACAGGAUCUUCUCUCACCAAUAUCUACGGCCAGAGCAGCUCCUGGAAGGGAAGGAUGCUGAAGCCAUUUACAAUUGGCUGAGUGAGUUCCAGCUGGAGGGCUACACAGCCAACUUCCUGAAUGCGGGCUACGAUGUGCCCACCAUCAGCCGCAUGACCCCGGAGGACCUCACAGCCAUUGGGGUGACCAAGCCAGGCCACAGGAAGAAAAUAUCCACCGAGAUUGGGCAGCUUAGCAUUGCCGAAUGGCUCCCAAAUUACAUCCCUGAUGACCUAAUGGAGUGGCUGAGUGCCCUUGGACUACCCCAGUACCACAAGAAGCUGGUGAGCAACGGCUAUGACUCCAUCAGCAUCGUGACAGAUCUGACUUGGGAGGACUUGCAGGAGAUUGGCAUCAACAAGCUCGGCCACCAGAAGAAGCUCAUGCUGGCCGUCAAGAAGCUGACCGACCUCCGCAAGAGCCUGAGCCAGGCCGACACCAGCACCCUCAGGCGCAAGAUCCCCGGCGCCUUGGACAUUGUUACCAUCGAGUCUGUCGAGAACGGGGAGUGCCACUCUCCCCACACGCCCAAGAUGACCACUUUCCAGGACAGCGAGUUGAGCUAUGAGCUCCAGACUGCCAUGUCCAACAGCUGCCAGGAGACUCUGACCAUCAAGAGCACCCAGGGCAUGUCGCGGAGCCAAGAGAGCAUUGGGGUGCGGUCCAGGGGGUCGGGGCACUCCCAGGAGAACAUGCUGUCCCACAGCACCACCUCGAGCCGUUCGCAGGAGAGCUUGGGAAGCGGCGAGAGCAGCAGUGGCAGCAGUGGACACUCUUCUACCCAGCCCCGCCUCAUGGAAAACUCUGCUGCUCCGCAAAGUCGGCCCAACCCAGAGAACUAUGGGAAAUUUAUUCCGCAGCUCAGCAGCCCUGAGGGAAUCAACGGCUAUUCCAGCGGUUGUGCGGGAAGCCCUCUGAGGGAGAGAAAUCUGCCUGAGGGGAUGGACCAGUACCAGAGACCAAGUGCUCUGAAGGGGGAUUUCCUUCCCCAUACAGAGCCUCCAGAGACAUUACCAGCCAUGUCCCCUUGUGCAUCGCCCCACACGGCCAGCAAGGGGACUGCCCCAUAUGUCUUCAUGUACCCCCACGUGUCCUUGAAGUCCCCUCCGCCGCCUCCUUCACCGUCCGUGCUUGAGCAGGCCAAGGCCCCCGCUCCCUUCUCUGCCCAGAGGACCAUCCUGCAGUCAACAGCCCAGAAAGCUUUCUCCUACCUCCAUUCCCACUGUGGCCCCACAGAGCCGCCUCACGUGCCCCCAAAGCCUGGGGCGGAGCAGAACACUGAGGGCUUCAAGCACAAGAAGCGCUCACACAGCUUGAACCGCUACGCGUUGUCCGACGGGGAGGCCGAGGAAGAGGAGCCUCCCACCAGCUCCGUGGGCUCAUACGCUACCCUGACCAGGCGGCCUGGACGCAGCCAGGUGCCACGGACGCAGCCGUCGUCGGCCGCCAAGGUCUCGCGCAGCCAGUCCUUUGCCAUCCGCGCCAGGAGGAAGGGCCCCCCGCCCCCACCUCCCAAGCGCCUCAGUUCGGUCUCCAGCGCACAAGUUGGUACAGAGUACGAACAGGGUCAAGAGACACAAAAAGGACCCUCCCUCUCCCAGGACGAAGGAGGAAAUGGCCCUCAUGACAGGGGCUGCUCUCUGAGAAAUACUGCAGCCGUGCUCAAUGGGUCUGUGGCUGAUGGGAGCCUGGCCAAGCCUUUUAAGUCCCCCAAACCCACCAGUCCCGGUCAGGAGUCGGCCAGCAAGACGGGCCUGCACAAUUCAGCCCGAGCAGACCCCAGCAGCGCAGAAGCCACCAGUGGCCAAAGCCAGGCCUUUGAAGGCAAUGUCCCCAGGAGACGAACAUUUAGCGAACCCGCGGUUGCCAUGACGGAAGCUCUGCAGCACAGCCACGAGGACACCCGGUCCGACACUGAGGAAGAAGCAGCAGCAGAGACAGAUGGCUGUGCCAAGUCCCCUUGCUCGUCUCAGAACAGCUCCAGCGAGUGCAUUCCCUUUGCGGAAGAAGGCAACCUGACCAUCAAGCAGCGGCCAAAGCCCACUGGGCAGCUCAAGGCAGACACCGCUGUGCCAGAGUCUGAUUCUGCCUCGGCUCAGCCUUACGGGGAAGAGCAAGAAGAGACCCCGGUGAAAGAGGGCCCCGCGGUGUUGGAAUUCAAUCUCACAGAGUCCGACACAGUCAAGAGACGGCCCCGGUGCAGGGAGAGAGAGCCCCUCCAGAACGUGCUGAAAGCAUUUGGGGUGGCUGCGCCUAGCUCAUCCUCGGCUCCGCAGUACGCCCAGGCUCAGACAGUCAGCAUCAGCGGACCCUCGCUGCACCCAGCGGAGCCGCAGCCGGCGGGAGACGCUUUUGAUGACGACAGCAUGGAGCUGCAGAUUGCAGAGAUAGAGAAGAGCAUCCUGUCUCUGGAAAGGGGAAUCAAGAAGCCGCCCGUCUCUCUGAAACCAACCAGCCCAAUCCCACUGCAGGUCGAGAGGCAUGGAGGAGCAGUCCAUCUGAGGACAGCAGCCAAUGCGACCGAUGUCCCGGCCAUGCACACAUCCAUUGCUUCUACCAAGCUGGUGUUUUCAGGGCCAAAAACCAUCUACCAACAAGUCCUGCAGAACUCCCGCAACACCGUCGCUCCCUGGGCAGCCACAGAGAUGGUUUCUGAAGUGAUGGGUCCCUACCCCAUGAAACUGGGGCUGGGCAGCAAACCCGCCUUGAGUUUCGGGGUGCCCCUAGCCAUGAGGCCUUUGAGUGCAUCUCCGGACAUGAUCCACGCUCAGCAAAGGCUGGAACAAACCAACUCAUCCUUGGCAUCCACGCUUGAAGCUGCAGAAAAGAAAAUCAACGCAGAGGAGGCAGACAGCAACUGUGGGACAGCACACUCGGCCAAAAACAUCCUCGAAGACAUCAGCAACAUGUUUGACGACCUUGCAGAGCAGUUGGAUGCCAUGUUGGACUGAGGACGGGCUUCCUUCUCUGAUGAUGAUGAUGCAGGUUCAUCCUUCUAAGUGGACAGCUUGGGGAGGAAUCCCACGACUACUCAUCGGCCUCUCCAUCCAGGCACUUCACCAUCUUUUCCUGAUUUCUUGUGAGUGCGAACUUCCAGCCAGAGGCAAUUGCACUCCAAGACCAUUUCUUGGACAAAUAUCUUGGGGCAAGAGCGCAUGAACACACAUCAACUUGGUGUUUCCAUCAGAGGGCACCAGAUGCUUGCCAGGCCUCUAAACAGUGACCACCCACAUCAGCACUGAAGCUACAAAGAAGGGCU